UAUAAUUGCUAAUGUUGUUUUGCCAUUUUAUGGCAUGGAAGAUGAGAGGACUCGAGUAUUUCACGCUCUGUUCUCUGAUGUUCUGUAUUUCAAUAAGUCGGUUGUACGCACCCGGACUUUCUCCCACCUAAUGAAAAGAUCUGGGACCAAAGAAAUGGACACCAUAGCUGCACCGAGUGUUUUGCUUCUUCUUGAAGACAUCUUUAUCUAAACCCACAAUGUGAUUUAUUAGUGUGUACUAUGACGUGAGGACCGAUAAUAGCUGUUUGGAUUAAGAGGGUGAGUAGUAAUCUGUCCGAGCUCCUCAGAGUGCGUGCAGGACGAAAGUCUGGAAAGUGACUCUAAACGUCUCCUUUAAUGCACUGUAAUAAAUGGUUCGUGACACAACCCCCGUUUUCCCUCAUGGGUCUAGAGAGGGAGGCUUUCCAUAUAUGUCGGCUUCCACAUAUUUUCCACUUCAGCAUCAGUGUUGACAUUAAAGCGGCCUUCAUCCAGCUGGCAGGCCUGGUUCUCAUGCUGUCUCAGUGGCCUGAGCCUGGAUACAAACCCACGCGGUCUUCCACCAACCAGCCUGAUUCGUGUCACCUCCUGACGCACCUCUUGUGAGAACACUUGUUGUUGACGUAACUGGGGUCGGCCAAGGCUUCCUUUCAUCUCUACCCAGGGCCAGGCCUUGGCGUGCAGGCUUGGCCCUGAGUGCCCCCCCCCCACCUCCCCAACCCCCACUCGUCCAGAAACUAUGGGGAUCCAAGGCAUGGAGCUGUUUGCCAUCGGCGUGGUCAUCAUCCUCUUCAUGGCAGUUCUCAAGCAGUUUGGCAUCCUGGAGCCGAUGUCUUCGUUUGAAGACAGCAGCGACAGUGAUUUGGAGCUGUCGACGGUGCGUCACCAGCCGGAGGGGCUGGACCAGCUGCAGGCUCAGACCAAGUUCACCAGGAAGGAGCUUCAGUCUCUCUACAGAGGCUUUAAGAACGAGUGUCCCAGUGGGUUGGUUGAUGAGGAGACAUUCAAGUCCAUCUAUUCUCAGUUCUUUCCCCAAGGAGAUGCAACCACCUACGCUCACUUCCUGUUCAACGCGUUUGACAUAGACAGAAAUGGCUCGAUCCGGUUCGAGGACUUUGUCAUCGGCCUGUCUGUGUUGCUCAGAGGUUCGGUCACCGAGAAGCUCAACUGGGCUUUUAACCUCUAUGACAUUAAUAAAGAUGGCUACAUCACCAAAGAGGAGAUGUUGGCGAUUAUGAAGUCAAUCUAUGACAUGAUGGGGAGGUACACCUACCCAUGUGUGCGAGACGAGGCUCCCUCUGAACACGUGGACAAGUUCUUCCAGAAAAUGGACAAAAACCGAGACGGUGUAGUGACCAUUGAAGAGUUCAUCGAGACCUGUCAGAAGGACGAGAACAUCAUGAACUCCAUGCAGCUGUUUGAGAAUGUGAUUUAAGUAAUCAGGAUGUUUUUGUUGUUAUUUUUCUCAUCACACCUCAAACACAAACACAACACACUCAUGCACUUCAUUACACAUCAAACUCCACACUAAAACAUGACUGUACUGGCACAUUAUGUAGGUACUGUAAAGAUACAGGAACUAGACGUUUGUUUUUGUUUUUUUACUAUUCCUCGCUGCGCUCCUUUAGCUGUAUCUUGCAACUGCGUCUGGAUUAAAAGGACUACUACAGACAGAAGAUGAGCUUCCUGGGUAAAAUUCCCGUCUUUCCAGUGUGUUUUUUUUGUGUCCUCGGUGGAGCAACAGAAGAGCUCCUCGUGCUUCUAAAAAGGAUUAACAACCAGCGAGGGGUGUGAGGAGCAAAGAUGAUCAUAAUCCACUGACAUAAGCGCACACAAGGAUACUACUGUAGCUUUAACACCUUGUUUCUCUCACACACAAACACACUGUUUCACUUCCAUACACAUUCACACUCAUACACACACAAUAAAAAAAAACAACACAGACCUGCUGUUUCUUCAAGAGUUUUUAGAGCACUGGAUGAACUAAGAGCACCACAAUAAAUUAAUGCAUUGACACACACACACACAAAAAAAAAGAGAAAUGAACUAUAAAGCAUGUUUGUCAUCAAAUAUGUGAUGUGGAAUUAGCUUGCACUACGAUUUUAAUGACUAUGUAUUAUAUGCGCCUGAAAUAAAGGCACUGUAGAUACCUGCACCUGAUACACCACUGAUGGAAAGCAGUGUGUAUGUAUAUAUGUAUAGCUAAUAGUUACAUAUCCUACAUUGUAUCGGUCUCAUCUGUGCUGCACUGGGUGAUGAAAUAGGACCAGAACUAACUGAAUAUUUGUUUAAGAAAUCUCUGUGUUAUCAGUUAUUGGUUAAACAUCAUGUUUAGUAAAAGUUCUUCACAGAAUUUAAGUGGAUUAUUCAAAUAUUGCAUAAUUUUGUAUUUUGGAGGAUGGCAGAUUAUCUCUAACUGGUCAGAUUGAUAAUGUGUAUCUGUACAGUACUGUGAAGAAACAAAGGGACUGUUUAAAGUGUGUUCAUAUUGCUGAAUUAAGGCUUUAUCUAGAUUCUUCAGUAUCUACGAGCAUGCUGACUCUAAGUGCCACAGUAUUAUGUACAGUACAGUAGGACCUUUGUGAUGUCGGUGAAUUAAAAGAUGGUGUCGACA